CCCCCCUCGCUAUUUAUACAGACACCAUUUCUCUUUCUCUCUGAUUUUUGAUGGCUACAUCGUUUCUCAUGGCUUCGGAGAAGAAAGUUGGUGGUAUGGAAGAGCCGCCUCCGAGGCCUGAUAAUGGCAAGCCGAGCGGCAGGAGAAGGCUGAAAUCAGGCGAGGCGGCUCAGAAGAUCAAGAAGCAGCCGCAGAGAGGCAUGGGAGUCGCCGAGCUCGAGCGCCGGCGGCGGCUGCAGGAGAACCUGAACGGGAUGACCGAUAACUUCAACCCGGUAUUUCACUCUCUUAAUCACCACUUUCUUCCCACCGCUCCGUUGCUAGACGAGACGCCGGCCAGUUACGCCUCGCCGAUCGCUAAGUUCGGUGGCUAUGGGGGCGCCGGACAGCUGGGCCAUCUGAACCCGCGUUUCUUGCUUCCGAAGUUCGGACAUGGCGGAGGGUCUGGCGUAGAGGGAGUGUUUUCCGAUCAGUUUCAGGCGGGUGCUCUCGGAUUCGGAGCUCCGAAUCUGAGUUUACUGGAGGCUUCGAAGGAGCUCUCUUCAAUACCAAACAUGAGCAGUUACGAGUCUGAUAAUCACUAUGGUCUCUGCCACAAGAAGAAGCGCGUCAAUGGUGAUCAAAACCUGGGUUGCAAUGGAAUGAGAGACAAAUUUGGCGAUAGUUUCCUAGGUUUGAAUCUCGGAAACAAGCAAACCAUGGCAGGAGGUGCCCCAAGUUACAAUGCCGAUCAGGAAGUGGAGGUGGUGGCGGUUCACAGGAAGCUGGGAAGGAGUAUGGUAAUGGAGUAUGAGUUUUUUCCAGGUGGUGGUGUUGGCGGCGGCAGAGGAGGCACGGAAUCCAAGGAGUGGGAGUUGGGAGGGUCAGAAGCUUCGGUUGCAGUCGGGAGUGAAGCUUCUGCUUCUUCUUCUUCUGCUGCCACAACAUGUUUACAGGCCUCUACUACCACUACUACUACUUCCAUUGAUUUGUCUCUCAAGCUUUCUUACUAGCAGCAAAAGCAUGGGCCUGUUUUUUUGUUUUUGUCCUUUCACAUUUGUGUGUAAUGCAUGUGAUCCAGGCUCCGAAAUACAGCUUUUUCUUUGCCAUUUUCCUGUCAAACUAUUUUCCAUCCA